AACUUCCGGAUUUGGAGCACGGAAGCAGUUCUUAUAAGGGAGUAUACGAUUCAUAAUGUUUUGUGGAUGAUUGUUAUAUGUAUUUUAAUAGUAGGUACCCGAUAACUGGCCUCCGGCCGGUGAUCGGAAUGUCUAGUCAAGAUAUGUAACUUGUAAGCGCUCGCGCAACAUUUUGUCAUUUAAAUCCAUAACUUAUUUGGUAAACAUCUAGGCGUUAAGCACAUUGUAUGUACAUUCGAUACAUGUUUAGUUUAGGUAUAAUUCAUUUGUAUUGAUGUAAAGGUCGCACUUUUUAUUCGACAUUCAACAAUAAACAUCGGAAACUCAAAGAAGCCUCAAUUCUCUAUUACACAGAGCUAAUUCCUCAGAACAGGAGAAAAGUAACGCAUUAAUCCUGUAACAGUUGGUGGAGACCUAAAAGAUCCCAGGUGUUGAUAGAUGUCAGCGCCAAGCAACGACAUCAGAGCUAGUGCAGCAAACAGAAUAACCAGCGACUACUGGCUGAGAGGUAGAGAUCAGUUCCGGCCAAGUUCGACGGAACACACAACCGACGAAGAUGCAAUAAGUCAUCAUUCGGACGAGGAAACAGGUAAACAAGUAAAGAUGUCUCCUUCAUUGGUUCUGUGUGUCCUUUUUCUCGCCAUGGCCUAUGGGAAUGUGGAAGGAACGCCAUACGAUAAAAUCAAAGAACUUUUUAAUUACGGUGCAACCUUUGAAGAAAAAGGCACCUUAUAUCCCUCAGGAAAUCAUUGGGUACACUACUUUGAAAUUGAAUUACAAACUUUUCCCUUUGUAUCGGAGAAACCUACGCCCUGUUCCAACUGUCCAUGGUACAGUGAAGCUAUGGUUGAGAUUUUGGCCUUACACCGACAGACAGCAGUAGAUGUCGGGACAAUUUUAGGCGAAAUUAAGUCAUUAUUACCCCAUCACUCAUUAGCGAGACUACCAAUGACUAGAAGGCGAAGAUCAUUUUUACCCUUCAUAGGAUCUCUUGCUAAAACUCUAUUCGGAACCUCUACUUCUUCAGAUUUGAACAGUUUAUCAAGAAAUGUGGCGUUGAUUAGAGCUAACCAACAGAAAAUGGCUAAAGCUACAGCUCAUCAAAUUGGUAUUUUUGCAGCAGCUAUUAGAAAUUUUGAUUCUAGAAUUGACAACAUUUUUCAAGGCAUAACAGAUAAUCAUGAGGCAAUUGAAAAGUUAGGUGAGAACUUUAAUAAUUCCCUAAUAUCCAGUCAGGUAGCCCAGGUCAAGUAUGGUAUCAGAUCAUUUUUAGAGAUUGAUUGGGCAGAUUUUGCUGUAGAAGAUAGUAGUUUUGCUCAGAAGUUUACAAUGCCUUCAAAGAUAUUGAAACGUCCAGGGGGAAAGUUUAUUCCCAGUGAUGUUUUCCUUGUAUGUGAAUGA